AUGCAUGCUGAGUUCUUUUGUCAUCGUGUCGGUUUGGUUAUUUUAUUUUACUUCGUCCAUGUAAGAACCGCAUGUUCAUUAGUUUAAACGAAAUAAAUUGAAUUUAUACUCACGCAAGUUUGUGGAUUUAAAUACGUUAUUGUAAACCAACGGUCAUCAAAAUGUUUUGGGGUCUUAUAAUGGAGCCAAACAAACGCUACACCCAAGUGGUGGAGAAACCGUUUCACAUCUCUCAAGCUGCAAUGGACAUAUCAACUGGAGAUAAUGACCCAUGCCAGGUUAUGGUUGUGGUUGAUGGGAAAAACUUCCUUGUCUGCACUCUCCAAAAGAACAAAACUAUUCAAGUACCUUUGGAUUUAUAUUUUAAAGCAGGAGAUUCUAUAGCUUUUUUGACUAAUGGAAAAUGCAAUGUCCAUUUGACUGGUUACUUGGACCCUGAAUUUGAGGAAGAAGUCUCUGAUGAAGAAGAUAGUCAAGAAGAAGAGGAGGAGGAGGCUCCAGCCCUGGUGCCUGCCAAGAACAAGAGAAAGCUUGAAAACACCAAUAAUGCAACAGCCAAGAAGGCUAAGAAAGAAAAGUCUGAUAAGAAAAAGGCUACUGAAGAUAGCUCAGAUUCUGAUGAUGAUGAAGAUGGGAAAGAUCAGCUUCAAAAGUUCUUGGACGGAGAAGACAUUGACACUGAUGAAAAUGAUGACUCCUUCAAUGUGAACACAUCUGCUGAUGCAAGCGACAGUGAUGAGGAAGAAUCAGACGAUGAUGAAGCUGAAGAGGAAGAGGAAGACGAUGAGGAUAAGUCAGACCAGGCGGACACAACCCUUGACACCAGCCAGGAAGAGGCGAUGCCUGAUAUGAGCAAACUCAGCAAGGCACAACGCCGCAGACUCAAAAAGAAACUACAAAAGCAGCAAGAAAAGUCACCAAAGCAGCAAGAAAAAUCACCAAAGCAGGUGAACGGCGUCGACAAGGCAAAGAAAGACAAACCUGAACAGAAGGCUGAGAAAAAGAAACCUGAAGCUAAGAAAGAAGCUCAAGAUGGACAUACUGAAAAGAAGGAAAAGAAGUCUCUCAGUGGAGGAGUGUUCAUAGAAGACUUAAAGGUCGGAAAUGGACCUGUUGCGAAACCUGGUAAAGUUGUUAUGGUCUACUAUGAAGGAAGGCUGAAACAGAACAACAAGAUGUUUGACAACUGCCUAAAAGGACCCGGGUUCAAGUUCAAACUGGGAGCUAAGGAGGUUAUCUCCGGUUGGGAUGUGGGUGUCAGCGGUAUGAAGGUUGGAGGCAAGAGGAAAAUUAUCUGCCCACCGGCAAUGGCGUAUGGAGCGAAAGGGUCUCCACCGGUCAUCCCACCUAACUCAACAUUAGUAUUUGAAGUGGAACUGAAAAAUGUUAAAUAGAAGGUUAAGUUUAUAAUAUGUAAGGAGUGAAUGUGGACAGCUGUUGAUUGUUGUUGAAAGAUUGCCAUUUGAGUUAAUAAUAUCUAAUUUCACGGUUCAACUGUUCUUGUAAACUUCAGUUAUUUAAAAUGUGGAUUAUUGCAUUCAUAUUUGUUCUUGUUUUGAAUUAGUGUUUCACAUGAAUUGGCACUCCAAGCAAGCCAUAUUUGCUGUUACUGUUAGUUUUCGGUAUAAAGUAGUGUUGAUAAGAGUGACGAAUUUCGUAACAAUGAUUCUUAUUUUGCUUUGUUAUAUAUUCAUACGGUUGCAUUAUUUCGACACAUCAUCAUGACUAGUUUAUAAAAUAUGCAGCUUGUUGUUUUCUUUUUAUUGGGACGAAUGUAUGGUUAAUGUUCAACGUUCCGUUAUAACUGUCAAUGUUAUUAUUAUAAGCACUUAGAAUUUAAUGAUACCUGUCCCAUGUAAAUAGAUAAUAAUUUUUAAAAUCAUCAUCUUGAGAGACUUCAUUUCAGUAUAGUCAUAGAAAAUAAAGUAGUAGACUUAGAAUAUUAAAAUCUACUGUAAUUCUUAAUUAAUUAAUGUUCUUCAUUAUAAAUGCGCAAAGUCAUAAGUUGUUCAAAAUGACUAACUUAUCAUAGCAACUACCAGUUUUAUUUUCUAACAUAGUUUUAAGAUUCGUUUUUCAUAAUUGCAUUAAAAUUUGUACACAUUUAUAUAGCAUUUGUACACUGGUAAAUUUUUGUCACCGUGUGACCUUGGUUCUCUCUCGUCUGUUCUAUAAUUAUGAUGAUGGUGAAAAUUCACUAGUAUAUGCAAUCGCUUACUACUAAGCAUUUUUGUAGAAUUAGUCCUUGACAUGCAAAUAAUAUUUGGUACAAAUUUUAUUAACUUGUAGCUCAUUUUCAAUUUGUUUAGUCCAUAUUUUCCAUUAUAUUUUUAAGCUAUGGUUUUAUUCACUCAAUUUUAUUUCAUUGUAAUAUUAGAUAAAAUAUUUGUAAGCUUGCGAUUUUUUCCUUACAGUAUAUUUUUAUAUUUGAUUAUUUUAUUUUAAGAAUACAAGUGGUCCCACUGAAUAUCCAGUAAUAAUGGCUAAUAUUAAAUUCUAUUGAUUAAUAUCAGAUUACAAAAUUAACAUUGUUUACUAUAGCUACUUAUGAUACAUACUUAUUUCUAUCAAUGUGAUAAACUAUAAAAAAUAAAGUUUACUUCUAU